UUUUUUUGUGUCGAGGAGCCUUGUUCACUAGAGGCAGGUUAGAUUUUGUGGAAGCUAGAGGAGCACCCCUGCAUACAUUCUAACCUGCGUUUUCAAGCAAAUCGGACUUCCAGUCCAUUGUAGCUGCGUAAUGUCGUCCGAAAAUCUAUCAGAUACUCCGAUGGAAUAUGAGGAUGAAAAACAGGACUCUCAGGAAAAGAAUGCCAACCUUGUGAAGGGUGAAGAGGUCAAGCUGAAGGCCAAGUACCCCGGCCUGGGCCAAAAGCCUGGAGGCUCCGACUUCCUCAUGAAGAGGCUACAAAAAGGGCAAAAAUACUUUGACUCAGGUGACUACAACAUGGCCAAGGCCAAGAUGAAGAACAAACAGCUGCCCGUGGCAGGCCCCGACAAGAACCUCGUCACAGGGGAUCACAUUCCCACACCACAGGACCUGCCCCAGAGGAGGUCCUCCUUGGUAACCAGCAAACUAGCAGGCUAGCCUAGCCUCCACCCAUCCACCAGGCCCCCAGCUAACGUUCCUCACCUGUUCCCCAACAAUGUUCCCCCCCUAGUCAUCUCCAGGCUCCACUUGGCUUUAACAUAUUGGGGAGAGCUGUGAAAGUCAGUACAUAUUGCUUGUAUAUGGGUAUGGAGGGGAGGGGAGGUGAGCUGGGACCUUUUCUACCAUCUCUCCACACAGCUCUGCCCUCUGCGCACUCUGCUCUACUGCCUCCCUUAUGUCUUGGUUUGGUGUUCAGAGGUACAUAAAGUAGAUGUGCCAUCAGGGAGGCUGAGUUUUAUGCACUUUGUAUUAUGUACAGUACCUUUUUGCAUCCCGAACGACACCAAAAUAUGUUGUUGACGAGGGAGUUGGGAACCAUGAUCGCUCCACAUUUUUCGAUGUUGUAUUCUCGUCAAAGCUGGGGGUAGCGUAUUUUGCUUUCACACCAAAUCUGGGAGGGAAGGGAACCAUGGUGAAGCAUCCAAAGGAAGGGAGCGGUAAUCAGAGGGAAAAGUGGAAACUGAUAUGUGGUUUCCUUUAUCUCAUGUUCUGUCUAACAAAAAUCCAAGGUCGUCCACGCUGACCUGAAUGAACAGAUAUGAAACUGCACAUUUUCUGCUCAUGUCGCUUUAAUUCUUGACUCCCUGUUGCUCUUCUUUUUUUUAAAUAUGCUGCAUGAUUGUAACAUGAAACGAAAUGUGCAAAUCUGGAGGGGUUAGACGACUGACAGGAAGUAGCAAGCAACCACAUGGAGCCCUGGAAUGUCCAUGGUCACUCUCCACACCUUCCUUCCCUCUCAAUGUCCUGACAAUCCACACACUCUGUCUGUAGGCUGCCCAUGGCGAAAGCAAUGGCAGAGCAAACUGAAUACCCAUAUAUCAUUUUUAAGGCUGGGGAAAAGAAGCAACUGUUUAAUAUUCAAGUUAAAUGUCAGUUCUGUGGCUAUUACAUCACCUCAAAAAGCCUAAAUGAUUGGUAGGGGAUCAAUUCAGUGUAUAUUUCUGUAUUGUGUUGAGAAAAUUGACAUUUGGUAUGAUUUGUGUCUUCAUAAAGGGUUGUUUGUUCAUUGUCACGUAUUAGCCAUUUACUACAAUCUGGCUCUUUUCACUGUUCAUGGCAGUUCCUGUUGAGAAACUCUUCCUUCUUAAACAUUGUAGGAGCCUCCCAGUGUACUGCUAAAGCAUAUAGCCUUACAUAUUGACAUUCUAAAUAUAAAAAGCUGUGACGUCAGUAUUGGGGUAAACAGUCGGCCACCGGCUAAACUGGCCCUGACUGGCCCCUGGCUCACACAGACCUAACUGGGACACAGCGUGUUUUAGAGAUGUGCUCACUUGACGCAUGUCAAAGGGAAGGGAUUUUAUGACAGGAGAGGGGGGUGGGCAAAGUGUGGGUGUGGACUUAGUUGACCCUGCUCAUACCUGUUGGUAUGGUACAACUUGCCAAAUAGUUAACUCAUACAAAAGUAAAAUGCUUGUACUCUGGUUUAAAGGUCAGAGGUAGUAGGCUAUCACCCGAAUGAGUUGUCCUAUCACACAAUACACACUUGAUCACUCCUAUCUUGGCACCUUUUGAAUAUUCCCUGUGUCUAAUUGGCAUUGAGUGUGCUUGUCUGGGUUAGAAUGAAUGUGCUACUGUUCUCUGUCCCAGUGGGUGUAAAUAGGCUUUUGGGGAUUGAGUUUUUUUUUUUUUGAUUUCACUACUUGUAGUUCUCUGAUUCCAAUGUUUCCUUUCUCCUGUCAUUGAAUACACUACGUAAGCUUUAUAUAUUAUUUUUUGUACUACAGAGACAUUAAUCUGUAUAAUAUGAAUGUGUGUAAAUGCUGCUGAUUUCAGUCAUUGACAAAUCUUUUAAACUGAGAUAUUACCCUAAUAAAGAACGCCUGUCCUAGGAUUCAAACAA